AUGAACAAGAUCUUGACUUCGAAGUUGUCCCUCUUGAACAUGCCACGUAGGGCUUACUCGGGGAAUCCUGAGAUAUACAACACCAUUUUUGACCACUAUGUAAAGCCAGGCAAACACAGAGUGGUAGGAGCUUGGCUCCUAGCAGUCUCUGCCUCUGUCUUUGGCAUAAUCACCAUCGGUGGGUAUACCAGACUCUCCAAGUCUGGUCUUUCCAUGGUGAAAUGGAAGCCUCAUGGGGGCUGGCUUCCCUCCACACAAGAGCAAUGGGAGCAAGAAUUUGAAGAGUACAAGGAAUACCCUGAAUACAAGGUCACUAACAAGGACAUUGAUGUAGAGUACUUUAAGAAAAUCUACUUCGUUGAGUGGUUCCAUAGAAUGAUCGGCAGAGGAAUCGGAGUCAUAUUCACAGGCCCAAUGGUCUAUUUCUGGGCAAGAGGCUAUUUUAGGUACAGAAUGAAAAUGAUAUCAACAGUCUUACUCGGUCUAGGAGCCUUACAAGGAGGUAUUGGGUGGUGGAUGGUCAAGAGUGGCCUUGUGGAUAAGACAAAGACAAAUGAGGUAGACAAAACACCUAGAGUAUCUCCCUAUAGACUCAGUGUCCAUGCAGGGUUUGCAUAUGCUAUUUAUGGUAUAUCUAUUUGGAAUGCAUUCACUCUUCUCAGAAGACCUCAAGAAGACUUUAUUACUCUCAAAAAUUUAGUUGAUCACAACCUUAUGAGACACAAAAUAAGAGCUGCAGGCUUAUUGUUGACCGCAGUUUAUCUCACAGGAUUCCUCGUUGCUGGAAAUGCUGCAGGUCAUUCAUGUAAUACAUUCCCUAAAGUUGGAGAUGACUGGUUUAUCAAAGGAAAGCACUUCAUAUCAGACAUCCCUCUUUGGAAAAAUUUUACGGAAAAUAAGCUAGUUAUUCAAGUAAUUCACAGAACAUUAGCCUGUGGCGUAGGUUCCCUCUUCUUAUACAAUAUUGUGAAGUUAAUGGGCAUGAACCUGACAGGCAGGGCAAGAUUUUCUUUGCUCCUUCUAUCAGCAGUGGUCCUAGCUCAGAUCACUAUCGGGAUAAAAGUGGUCCACAACAGCGUACCUUUAGAACUUGGCUCUCUUCAUCAAGUUGGAGCAAUGACUCUUCUCACAGCGACUCUUUUCGCCUUACACUCUUGUAGAAGACUAGAUUUAAGGCACAUGAGGAACCUCUUCGGGAAGUUAAAAAUGGAGAACCCUGAGCUCUACAGAAACAUGAUGAAGAACGCUAAGUCAAGCACCCCUGAACAAGUUAUCAAGGACCUGAACAAAUAUAGAAGAUAA